AUCGAUAUCACUUAUAUGUUCUACGGUGUCUCGAAUCUUCCAGCAGCCCUGUUUAAAUGGCUGAUGGAGGCAACAGACGUAAUGUAACUGGAGAAGUCACUAAACCGGGUGUGUCAAGCCGUCACUCUCUGAUUCAAUAUGAACAUGCCGCUACAGAGACGUGUACUUUGAUGGAUUUUAUGGGCUAUGGGCCUCACAUCCGACAGGCAAGGCGAGACGCCUACAAAACUGUGGACAGGCUGAUGACUGCACUCAUGUGUGGUAGUGCUACGUGUUUCACCACGGGUAGCAAGGCUGAGGGUCUUACCUGCUUCCUAGAGAGCGAUAUAGACGUAAUGUGUGUAGAUAAUAAUGUAAUUUGUAUAGAAGAGGGUGUUGAUUCAAGUAACAUUCUUAAGGAGACAACCAUAUUGAGAGCAUGCAGUCAAAAGAGUUAUCCCGGCCAUUGCAUAUUGCUACUUGAGAGAUCCGGUACAACGAUUACCACUUUUGUGCACAAUGCCUUGUGUGAUGAUGGAUAUGAUCACGAACUCUUGAGCAGUGCCUUAUAUAUUAAUGCGUGGUUGAACUUUAAACGUACGGAAGGCGCAGUGAUACUCGAUCGUGUUGGACCGUCAACGCCAAGUACAUAUUAUGGUGGAACAUUGCACCAAGACUUAGUGCAUGCACUACAUUUGUACUGCCCAAGUAUCCUCACAAGAUGGGCGGCAAGACCUCGCAACUGGCCGACAAAUAACAUUGUUCAGAAAGUUGUUUCACUUGGAACAGUCGUUACUCCUGUCGGGUUUAAAGGUAGUGAUUAUGAACAUGUUGAAUGGAGACUUUGUUUCAACGCCGGAGAAAACGUGCUGGUUAACAAUCUUACCGAUAUUAUGGUGAAAGUAUAUGUUUUAUUAAAAAUGGUGAAACAAGAUGUAUUAAAACCACGCAAGAAAGAGGUUACAUCGUUCACAGUAAAAAAUAUUGUAUUAUGGAUAGCAGAAAAAACCCCGCAGUCAUUGUUACAUGAAAGAAGUCUGUUUCAGUGGCUGCAUGAAGGAUUAUAUGCGCUAAGAGUUGCAAUAGAUACGAAAGAGCUGCCCUAUUACAUGAUUCCAGAGCGCAAUCUGAUGGCAGCCUGUGCUCUGGAGCAUGAGCAGAAGCUUUCUUGGAUAGCUACUAUUAAUGAUAUGAUAGAAGAAGGACCAAUAAUGAUAUUGAGACUACCGAAGAUACGACGAGCCCUUAUCGCUCACCCUGAACCACUACGAUGGUACAGCGGGAGGAGGAUAGAGAUGGAGAUGCUGGAGCUGAUAGCCAUGAACAGAGGCGCCCUCGACAUGGAUGAAGAUACGGAUGUUAUUAUGGUGGCAGUAUUGACAAGAAAGGCGGAUAUUAUGAAGGAGGUUAGAGAUAGGAUGAUUACGGAAGGGUGUCGAGAAAAUAAUCUACAUGAUUUAUAUCAUAGUAUGCUGUUGUAGAACGAUUACAUUAAUCAAUAAUCUGUUUAGUUGCAACUGUUACUCAUGUGUACAUAUAGCAAGUCAUCGUAUGUAUGUUAAUUGAUAUGUAUUAUUUGGGAUAAUUAUUGAUAUGUUUACUUAUUUUAGCACACUUAUUUGCACUUGGCUUUGAUGGCAAACUCGUAAAACUUGAUUUAUUGAUCUAUGGAUCAUAUAAUGUUCAUGAAAAGACGAAAUGAUGAUACAACGCUUAGGUUAAACAUUGUUAACAGUUAACGAUACAUGCAUAUGUUAUCACUUGCGCUCUCGUAACCCAUGCAGAUUGUUACAUUAGUUCAAAAUAUGGUAUGCUGGACUCAGCUAGUAGUCUUUGUGACUAAAAUACAAAUACCUAACGUGGCCUCACAAUGCACCAACGUUUAUGUUCGAUUUGUAACACAAUGAGCAUACGGUUAAUGUUGAAGCCCUUUAAUCUGAAUGUGGCUCUAAAAAGAACGACACGCUAAUAGCCGUAUGUUAAUGGUUUCACUACGAGGGAUACAUUCAAUUUUGUUUUUUUACUAAUAAGUUUAACGUAUAUGUGUAAACAUUUCAUCGACACUAUUUUGUUUAAGCCUGUUUAUUUUAGCUCUAUUGCAUCGAAAGCCUAGGGCUUAUAUAAACGCUCUCGAGUCCGUUUCCUGGGCCUAGAACCAGUACUUGGUGUCUUUGGGGGGAGAUCUAAAGAACGCUCCCACGGUGGGGAUCGAACCCGUGACCCCCCGGUCGCUAGGCGGACACCAUAUCCAUUACACCACGGCGACACUAUUUGACGAUGCACCCUUAUGACAUGCUUUGUAUUAUCUUGUCCAUCAGACUGAUUAACAUUGUUGAUUAUAUGUGAGUCGGGUUUGUGUUUUUAAUAUAACUCGUUGAUAGUAUGUUCGAUAAUGUACUUUGUUAAUAUUUUUGC